UCCCCAGAGUGGGGACCCUCAUCCCACCCAGUGCUGGGGCCAGGCUGCAGCUGGGGAGCCCUGCUGAGCCUGCAGCACCCGCCCCCAGCUGGGGGGCAAUAGCUUUAAUUAGAGUCAUUUCAUUAACACAAUUAAGAAGCAGCAGUCGCCUGGAGAGCGAUGGAGCAGCACAUUGACUCCCGGGAAACUGGGGGGCUGUUUUGCUCUGGCACUGUGGACACACUGGGGGGCCCCCCUGCCUGGUGAGUCCCUGGGGAUGCAGCCCAUGGGAAUGCCCAGCGUGGACAGGGAUGGGGACAUUCCUGGGACAGCAGGACUGCAGGACAUGCCUGGAGAGAGGCAGGGACAUGCUGUGGGUGAGACCCUGGGCACUGGGGAGCCCACACCCCAUCUCUGCCCAUGCCAAAACACUUGUCUGCCCAGUCUCAGCUGGCCUCUUUGAGUCCUGCACCCCCAGUUUGUUCUCCUGGAGGUGACCUCCCCAAAACCCAUGAUUUGGGGUUUGUCUCACAACCUCCCGCCCUGGCAGCAUCGGAGUGCCCCUCUCUGGGCACAAGGCUUCUACGCCAGCUGGGUGCUGGGGACGCAGAGGGUGGGCCAGGCCCCCCUGAGCUGUGUCCCCUGCCCUGGGCACGGGUGUGAUGCUGCUCCUCACAUGGGGAGCGGGGCCCGUGGGUGUUGGGGGUGCCCACCGCCACCGCUCAAGGGAUUCCUCGGGGCUGGCUGGGUGCCAGGCUCCGGGUUUGGCACAAACAACGGCAGCCCCAGCGGCGGCUCCCCAGGGCCCCGGGGAUCCUCCGAGCAGCCGCUCCGCUCCCGCAGCCGCCCGCCCCCGGCUCAGGCUCAGGCAGGGGAACACGUGCGCCCGCCGCAGCCCACGCCGGCGCCCGCCGCAGCCCACAUCGCCCGCCGCGCUCCCGGCCCCGGUGGAGGGGGGCUGCCGGCAGCUGCUGCCUGGCAACUGGGCACAGCCCCCCCCAAAUCCCAGAGGUGCGGGCUUUUCCCGAGCUUGCCAGCUGCAUCAAGAUGUGCAGAGCUGUGUGCACUGCGCCAGGGGCAUCCGUGCCCCUGCUGCCAUGCCAUGCCCCUGCUCCGUGCCUGCGUCGGGGGUGCAGUCCAGCCUGACCGUGCCGAGCUGUGCUGGGUGCUGGCAGCCACCACCGUAUGGCAGUGGCUGCAGGGAGCAGGAAGAGGCUUUUGAGGCCGACAUCGAGCAGCUGGACCCCCGAGGACGCACCCCACUGCAUCUGGCCACCACACUGGGCCACCUCGAGUGUGCCAGGGUGCUGCUGAAGCAUGGAGCUGACGUGGGCAAGGAGAACCGCAGUGGAUGGACAGUCCUGCAGGAGGCUGUGAGCACCCGUGACCUGGAGCUGGUGCAGCUGGUCCUGCGCUACCGCGACUACCAGAGAGCCAUCAAGCGCCUGGCCGGGAUCCCCGUCCUGCUGGAGAAACUGCGCAAGGCCCAGGACUUCUACGUGGAGAUGAAGUGGGAGUUCACCAGCUGGGUGCCUCUGGUGUCCAAGAUCUGCCCCAGUGACACCUACAAGGUGUGGAAGAGCGGCCAGAACCUGCGGGUGGACACCACACUGCUGGGCUUCGACCAUAUGACCUGGCAGCGGGGCAACCGCAGCUUUGUCUUCCGAGGACAAGACACCAGUGCGGUGGUGAUGGAGAUUGACCACGACCGGCGGGUGGUCUACUCGGAGACGCUGGCCCUGGCCGGCCACGACCAGGAGGUGCUGCUGGCUGCUGUGCAGCCCACGGAGGAGCAGGUGAUGGGGCGGCUGACAGCCCCCGUUGUCACCACCCAGCUCGACACCAAGAACAUCGCCUUCGAGAGGAACAAGUCCGGGAUCCUGGGCUGGAGGAGCGAGAAGACAGAAAUGGUGAAUGGGUACGAGGCCAAGGUCUAUGGCGCAUCCAACGUGGAGCUGAUCACGCGGACGCGGACUGAGCACCUCUCGGACCAGCACAAGGGCAAGAGCAAAGGCUGUAAGACCCCUCUACAGUCCUUCCUGGGCAUCGCUGAGCAGCAUGUGGGGCCCAACAACGGGACACUGAUCACGCAGACGCUGAGCCACGCCAACCCCACCGCCAUCACCCCUGAGGAAUAUUUCAACCCCAACUUCGAGCUGGGCAACCGGGACAUGGGACGGCCCAUGGAGCUCACCACCAAGACACAGAAGUUCAAGGCGAAGCUGUGGCUGUGUGAGGACCACCCCCUGUCCCUCUGCGAGCAGGUUGCCCCCAUCAUCGACCUCAUGGCAAUAAGCAACGCGCUCUUCGCCAAACUGCGGGACUUCAUCACCCUGCGCCUCCCGCCCGGCUUCCCUGUCAAGAUCGAAAUCCCCAUCUUCCAUAUCCUCAACGCCCGCAUCACCUUUGGCAACCUCAACGGGUGUGACGAGCCCGUCAGUUCCCUGCGGCACAGCCCCAGCAGUGAGGCGCCCUCACCCAGCAGCGACUCCUCCAGCGUCAGCAGCUCCAGCUCCCUCACCUCGUGCCGAGCGUGCGAGAUGGACCCGGCGCUGUUCGAGGUGCCGCGGGGGUACAGCGUGGUGGGCACCCACCAGGAUGCCCUGAGGGAGGAUGAGGAUGACCUGCUGCAGUUUGCCAUCCAGCAGAGCCUGCUGGAAGCUGGCAGCGAGUACGACCAGGUGACCAUUUGGGAAGCACUGACCAACAGCAAGCCGGGCACCCACCCUAUGUCGCACGAAGGCCGCCGGGGAGACAGGUUGGACUCCCCAGCACACGGCGGCCCCCCGUCCCCCCGUCGCCCCGUCCCCGGGGGGGGGCAGGGGGCCCAGCGCCCUGUUCCCCAGCUACGCAGAGCAGCUGCGUCUGGCCAUGGCCCUGUCGGCGCGGGAGCAGGAGGAAGCGGAGCGCCGGACGCGGCAGGAGGAAGAGGAUCUGCAACGGAUCCUGCAGCUCUCGCUGACGGAGAAGUGACCCCGCGCCCCCACUGAGCCCCUCACCCACCCCAGUGGGGAUGGGGACACGGCCAGUGUCUGGGGGCACAGAGGGGGAGUGGGUUGGGGGGAGCCAGUCCAAGAACUGCAGAGGGCAAAUGGGGAGGCGGGGCAGGAUUUGGCCCUGGUAUGGGGGAGAAUGUCGCCAGAGCUGGGGCAGCACUGGGUGGGGUGGGGGCACCCCACAGCAGGACGGGUUGGGAGUGGGUGUCAACCCCGCACCUGGGGUGGCAGGAACCAGGGAGGGCAACUGCACAGACUGUAUCCCCUCCCCAGGACAGCCCUGGCCCCCCACAACUGCCCUAUGGGGUGCUGCUCAGCACCUCACCCCAGGAAGGUGGUGGGGGCACAUCCUGCCCCAGAUGGGUGGGGCUGCCAGUUGCGUGGGGUCCCGGGGUACCCCCAGAGCUGGGGGGCUCUGCCCAGUCCCCUCUUCCGCCCCUUGCCCAGGCGCUACCAAGUGCACUUACCCGGGAGCUGCUCUGCCUGCCAGGGGGUGGGGGGGACUCAGCCCCAUUGCACCCCAUAGCCAGUGUGGGGCUGCACAGCCGCCCUCCACCACAGUGUGGGGGUUCUGCUGGGGCAGCUGAGGGGGUGCCUGUGAGAGACCGCCCGGUGUCACCCCCCCUUACCCCCUGCUCACACCCCUCCACCCUGCUCAGAUGCCCCCCCUUGGCAGCGCUGCACCCCCUCGUCCCGGGCACUGACCCCGAGAGAAACCUUACGUCAAAUGGUGCUAACCCCGGCCCCCCGCCCCGGCUGCUCCCCCUUUGCACACGGGGGGCCGGGGGCUGCGGGGUGGGGGGCUGGGCUCACUCCCCUGGGACUUUUCAUAGCCUCCCACCCACCCACGCACCCCACAGCAACAUCUGGGCCAGGGCCGGGGGAGCCCGAGCAGCUCCGACCGCGGCCAACACCAAUAAAUGCUCUUUAAUGUU